AUGCGUGCUUUCUGCUAUCUAAUAUUUCUUGCCGUUAUAAGCGUGAAAGCUCUCGUUUCGGCGAAUUACGAUGAAUCCACGGAGGAGAGUACCGAGCCGGCGACAAUGACUUUGCCAACCACCCCGAAACCGUUGUGCAAAGAACGUCCAUGUCCACGAAUCUAUCAGCCAGUUUGUUCAUUAGUGGAUGGAGUACAAAUGACUGCGCCCUCGCUCUGCGUUCUCAAAAAUAAGAUCAGAUGUGCACCAGUUUUGCGCAAAAAAUUAGGAAGAAGAGUUCAAAAUAUUCGUUUCCUACACUACGGCCCCUGCUCACAGGAACGUGAUCGAAGUAAUGUUGUGCGAAUGGGAAGAGAUGAGCCCGAUGAGGGUAGAGAUAUCAAUCAAAAUUCUUUGAACGAUGCCGAAAGUAAUGAGGAAAGUAACUCUCGUGAAAUGAACGGUAGUGAUGAAAGUGAGGAAAGCUACUUAAGGGAUAUAAUGGAUGAUAUAAGCGGAAGCGAUGAAAAUGAGGAACGCUACUCAAGGGACAUGGGUGAUGAUGUAAGCGGAAGCGGUGAGAGAAAGGAACGCUACUCAGGGGAUAUAAGUGAUGAUAUAAGCGGAAGCGAUGAAAGUGAUGAGCAGAGUCUCUCAGAUGAUAAGAGAGAUGAUGUUGGCAGAAGCGGUGAGAGCGAGGAACGCUACCCAGGGGAUAUAAGUGAUGAUUUAAGUGGAAGCGAUGAAAGUGAUGAGCAGAGUCUCCCAGAUGAUAUGAGUGAUGAUAUUAGCAGAAGCGGUGAGAGCGAGGAACACUACGCAGGGGAUAUAAGUGAUGAUAUUAGCGGAAGCGAUGAAAGUGAUAACGAGGGCGACUCAGAUGGAAUGAUUACCGGUAUUAGCGGAAGCGAUGAGAGCGAUGAGAAUAGCGUCUCAGAUGAUAAGAAUAAAUAUUAUUAUAGAAGCGGUGAAACUGAUGAAAGUGAUGAGGAGAAUGACUCAGAUGAAAUGAUUACCGGUAUUAGCGGAAGCGAUGAGAAUAGCGUCUCAGAUGAUAAGAAUAAAUAUUAUUAUGGAAGCGGUGAAACUGAUGAAAGUGAUGAGGAGGGUGACUCAGAUGAAAUGAUAGCUGAUAUGAAAGAAAGUGCUGAAAGCGAUGAUAGCAAUGAUGAGGAAAGUGGCGAAGAUAUUUGGGGUUAUAGCAGCGAAGUUGGUAAACACGCACAAAGUAAUUAUCACGCAGCAAAUAUCGCAGACAAAAAUUCCGAAAAAGCAGAUGAAAGAGAUUACAGCCAUGAGGACACUGGUGGAGAAGUAGAUUCUGAAAAGAAAAUCAUAUAAUUCAGCUGAC